GGAAACAUCUCAAAUAGUUUUUCUGGAGUCGCGGUGGCAGUGGCAUUUGAAACAUGGCCGACGUCAUUGAUUGUAAUUUUCCUGUUUGGGGGCUUCUGCCCAAAAAAGAAACGGGUGUCACUCAAUUUCUUACCAAAUAUCCUGAAUAUGACGGUCGAGGAGUCAUUAUCGCAAUUUUCGAUUCAGGAGUUGAUCCUGGGGCUCCUGGUAUGCAGAUAACUACAGAUGGGAAACCAAAAAUUAUUGAAAGGUAUGACUGCAGUGGAGCUGGAGAUGUAGACACCAGCAAAGUUGCACAAGCACCCGAUGGAUAUAUAAUUGGCAUAACUGGCCGUAAAUUGAAGGUUCCAAGUAAUUGGAAAAACCCCAGUGGAGAAUAUCAUAUAGGAGUAAAGAGCUUGUAUUCAUUAUAUCCAGGGAAAUUAAAAGAAAGAGUGUUAUCAGAACGGAAAAAACGACUAUGGGAUAGUUCUCAAAAGACUGCACUUGCAGAAGCAUCUAGAGAAUUACAAGAAUUCGAAGCAAAUAAUCCACAAGUAACGACUUUAGAGGAAAGACUAAAAAAAGAAGAACUUGAGGCACGUGUUGAAGUUCUAAAUAACAUUGAAAAAAAAUAUUCUGAUGUAGGACCCACUUAUGACUGUGUUCUUUUCCAUGAUGGUGAAGUUUGGAGGGCGUGUAUCGAUACUUCCGAAGAAGGUAACUUAGAAGAUGGUGUGUACUUAGGAGAAUACACUUUGACAAGAGAAUUUGCACCACUUAUACCAGAAGAUCAGUUAAAUAUUAGUAUUAAUGUUCAUGAUGAUGGAAACACAUUAGAGAUUGUUAGUUUAUGUUCAAGCCACGGCACACAUGUAGCUUCAAUUGCGGCAGCGUACUUCCCUGAUAAUCCAGAUUUGAAUGGUGUUGCACCAGGUGCGCAAAUUAUUUCACUGACUGUUGGAGAUGGUCGCAUUGGGACAAUGGAAACAGGAACUUCGGUGGUGCGAGCAAUGAUACACGUGAUGAAGCAUAAAGAAAAAAUACAUAUUAUCAAUAUGAGUUACGGAGAGCACGCACACUGGUCAAACACAGGAAGAAUAGGAGAAUUAAUGAAUGAAGUGAUCGAUAAACAUGGAGUUACAUGGGUAGCAUCUGCUGGUAAUCUCGGACCAGCUUUAUGUACUAUUGGCACUCCACCGGAUAUCAGUACUAGCAGUAUAAUCAGUGUUGGUGCUUAUGUGUCUCCUGACAUGAUGGUGGCUGAAUAUUCUUUAAGGGAGAAAAUGCCAGGCAUGCCGUUCACAUGGUCAUCUCGUGGUCCAAUGAUUGAUGGAGGAGCUGGUGUUACCGUGUGUGCUCCGGGGGGAGCUAUAACCAGCGUUCCUAACUUUACAUUAAGAAAAAGUCAGCUCAUGAAUGGAACAAGUAUGGCUAGUCCGCAUGUAACUGGAGCAAUUGCUGUACUUAUAUCAGGACUUCUUGCCAAAAACUACCCCUAUUCUCCAUACAAUAUAAAGAGGGCUCUUGAAAAUACAGCUCUCUAUGUAUCAAACUUGGAUCCCUUUGCACAAGGUUCAGGACUACUACAAGUUGAGCGAGCAUUUGAUACUCUUACUACUUAUAGCACUGUUCCCGAAAGAGAUGUCAGAUUUUCUAUUAGUUGUGGAGGAAACAAUUCCAAAGGAAUUCAUAUGAGGAUCGGCGUCAUUGACCGACCAAAAGACUAUGCUAUUACUGUUGAACCUAUAUUCCUGAAUACCGAAAAUACUGAUCCAGCACUAAAAAUUGCUUUUAAUUUGAAAUUGACUUUGGUGUGUGAUGCGUCUUGGGUUCAAUUUCCAACACAUCUUGAUUUAAUGCACAUGUCACGCGCAUUUGCCGUCAGAAUUGAUGCCUCGAAUUUACCAGAAGGUGUCCAUACAACAAGUGUCAGAGCCUAUGAUGUAACAGACAUUGCAAAAGGACCAGUGUUCCAAAUACCAAUUACCGUAGUGCAACCACAAGUACUGCCAAGAACUGCUAUUCUUCCAGACUUGACGUUUUCAAAUGUUCUGUUCAAACCUAACACAAUUCGCAGACACUUCAUUCUUGUCCCAGAAGACGCGACAUGGGCAGUCAUUAGACUAAAGAGCACAGAGAAGGAUAAAACUGGAAGAUUCGCAGUUCAGACUGUCCAGUUGAAGCCUCGUUUGGCUUGCAAGACUUUGGAAAUUAAUAAAAUGAUUAGCGUUACUUCUCAAUCAGAGACAGUUCAACCAUUUGCAGUUCAGGGAGGAUUAAUCCUAGAAGUGGUUAUUGCUAAAUAUUGGGCAAACUUAGGUGACAUGGUAAUCGAUUAUUCUAUAGAAUUUCAUGGUAUCCAUAUGAUAAAUGGAAACCUUACAAUGCAAUCUGGAGAUGGAAUAAACCGUUUAGAACUACGAAGUUCGCUUAGAAACGAAGAAGUGGUUCCUUGUGUUUCUCUUAAGUCGUCUGUGCAAAUCUUAAAACCUACUGAUUCGAAGAUCGUUCCAUUGCGAGAACGAGAUAUUAUUCCACCAUCGAGACAAAUUUACGAAUUAUUAUUAACGUACACGUUCCAUUCUGCAAAAGCAACAGAAGUAACACCGAACGCAGCAUUGCUCAGCGAUUUAUUGUAUGAAAGCGAAUAUGAGAGUCAAAUGUGGACGAUUUAUGACAGCAACAAACAGCUAAUAUCUUGUGGAGAUGCUUAUCCAUCAAAGUUUACUAUACAAAAGUUAGAAAAGGGCGAUUACACUUUAAAAAUGCACGUGAGGCACGAAAAAAAAGAUUUACUAGAUAGAUUAGUAGACAUGCCGCUACUCUUAAGUCAGAAAUUAAGCAAUCCAAUCACUUUGGAUGUGUACGCCAGUCAGUCACAAGCAAUCAUUGGAGGCAAAAAAAUGGUAGCAGCCUCAAUACCACCGGGUCAUAUUCUUCCCCUAUACAUUGCUCCUAUGACGAAUGAAACCAAAAUUUCUAAGGGUGCUACUUUAGGUAGUUACCUGCAGGGUACAUUGACAUUCUGUAAGGACGACAUUGGAAAGAAAGUGGACUGUCACACUUUCAAAUACAUUUUAUCUGAACCAGCCAAGAAGAGUAGCAAUGCCACAAAUAAGACAGACAAGGAGAAGACCACUAAAUGGGAUGAAUACAAUGAAGCACUCAGAGACUUAAAAUGCAAUUGGCUUGGAAAGCUUGAACCUGGGGAAUACGCGAAUUUACUGUAUGGAGAACUGAAGAAUCUAUUUUCGGAUCAUUUACCCGUUCACACUGCCAUGUUGACUUCAUUGGAUUCCCCGGAGGCUCGGCGUUACGUGCCACACGAUGAUCUUUCAGAAAGCGCUGUUUCUCUUGCGAAUCAAAUAAUAUCCGUUGCUGACGCCGUGAUCACCAACAUAGAUCAGGAUAAAUUGUUAGCAUAUUAUGGUCUGAAGAAUGACCCACGUGCCGAUGCAUCGAAAAUCAAAACGACCAUGGAGAAACAGAAGAACAGCUUAAUAGAGGCGUUAGUGAAGAAAGGAUGUGCACUGGCACGAUUAUAUGUACACAACGUGAAAAAAGGAGAGGGAGAUCGUGCGUCGUACGAACAUUUAUUAGAGAGCGUUACAGAUCAUUGGCAAGAAGUGCAAAAGUUCGCCGAGCCAACCGAUAGCAAGGUCAUUAUGCUUUCACUGUGGCAUGCUCAUAUCAAUAAUCAUAAUGGCCGCUACUUAAAGUUACUGACACGUUAUUACGAAGAAAAACCAUUGAAAGAAAUCGACGAAAAGUGCAUAGAAAUUGCGAGAAACCUGGGAUGGGAACAUUUGUCGAAUCAUAUUACCUCAAUCAGUCAAGCAUGUACCCUGAUUUGUCUUCUUGUUGCACAACGAAUAUCUGAAGCAGGAUUUUUCAUACGUGAUAUAGAAUCAAAUCCUGAAAUUAGUAAUUACAUAGCCAAGGCUAUGAUAGAAGGUAAUGCUACUCAUGCACGGAUUGUUAAAAAUGGAUUAGUUGCUCACCCAUAUCUCAGUAUAGAGGAAGCAUUAAGACAUGGUGGCAAUAAAUUAAUUAUAAUGAAAGAAUGGGUAACAUUUUUUGAUUCCCACAAUCAUCAAAUGAAUACAAGGCCAACUAGAGGAUUAGUUCUUGCGCAGGUAGAAUCUGAUUCACCAGACAGAGACAUUUAUCGAACAUUUUCCACAUUGGAAGCUUUCGAAGACUUUACUUCUAUGAAAGCUUCUCAGCUGAAAAUGAGAAUUGAAGAGCUACUACGUAUUAAAGUUUCUGUAAAUAAUGAGCUUAGAGAUCUGAGUGCCAAGAGACAGAGGCUUCAGGUGGAGAUCAAUAGUUUAACUCAAAAGAUAGAUGAAUUGAAACAAGAGCUGCUCCAUCAGCAAACAGAUCUUGACCGACUGAAAAUCAGUGUAGAGCAGGCACAAGUAGCUCAGAGGGAAGCUGUAGAGAGGAACACACCGGAAUUGGCACCUCCUAAGCGUAUACUAAUGGAUUCUGUUCCUGUAGUAUUACCUAGUCCUACAUCACAUUCCUGCAGAAUGUAUAAUUGCUUUGAUCACAGCCGCUGUGCAUUAACAAGUGGAUUUCCAGUCUAUUUAUAUGAUCCAGAUCAAUACUCUGUAAUAAAUCUAGGGUGGGAUGUCGACGGAUUUUUAAAAACCACCAUAAAACAAACACUAGGAUACAAUCCACAUCUUACUGCAAAUGCAGCUGAAGCUUGUAUAUACAUACUACUGAUAGGAGAAAUCCAUUCGAGUCAACAAAAGGACAAGAAACACAGGAACCUCAUAGACAUAAAAAAAUUGCACGGACUUCCUUAUUGGGGCGGAGAUGGCAGAAAUCACAUUUUAUUGAACCUCGCACGUAGAGAUCUGUCGGUAGAAUCUGGAAAUAUUUUUAGCGGUGUAGAUACUGGCCGAGCUAUAAUAGUGCAAUCAACGUUUUAUAGAAAUCAAUUUAAUGAAGGUUUCGAUUUAGUUGUUCCACCCAUUUUGGGACCUCCAGGUGGCGAUGUUUGGCAGGAGUGUGCUCAAAUGUUGCCAGCAAGAAGAAAAUAUUUGUUGUCCUUUCAAGGAGAAAUGAGAUCUUCGAGAACAGCGACCAUGUCGAAUCAAAUAGACGAUGCCGACGUAGAUUUAGAGAGAUUAUCAGUCGAUGAGAAUAAUCUUGAUACUUUCAUUAUUCAACAUCUCAAGGAAAUGAGUACAGGAAUGACCUUGGAUAAAUUCUUUAUCCAGUUUGAGUGCAUACCAGCUUCAGAGAAAAAAAGUCUCGUCGAGAUUCUGGAUUGGUCUCUUUGUGGAACUGAUUCGUCUAGGAAAGCAAUCUUAAGAGACUCUACAUUUGCCUUAAUUCUAGCACCUAGUAACGCUUCUUUUGUAACUACGUCUUAUAUGCAAGCUAGACUAUACGAGGCAUUGCGAUCGGGAUCUAUUCCAGUGUUCUUAGGCGGCGAUCAAAUAGUAUUAAGUUACAGCGAGGUAAUUAGUUGGCGUAGAGCUGCCAUCUUUUUACCCAAGGCUAGAGUAACCGAAAUGCACUUCCUGCUGCGCGCCGUACCCGACACUGAUCUUUUGAGUAUGCGUAGACAAGGCAGGCUAAUAUGGGAACGAUAUCUAAGCACAGCACAGGGUGCAGUAGAUACUAUUGUUGCAGUUAUCAGAGAUCGACUUGGUAUACCUCCAUUGCCAGCUCCACAAACUGCCAGUCCAAGUGUCUUCAACGAAAGCUUCGUGCCUUUAAAGUCUGAUGCCAUCAUCGCUGAGCCAGAAGCGGAAGAAAGUUUGGGUCCUUUGGAACCACCUUACCCGUCCCCUGCUUUCAAGAGAAAUUACACCACCAUAUUACUUCAAGGCCAUGAAAUCUGGAACGAUUGGGUGGAUCCAUUUUAUUUGUACCCGCAGCUGCCGUUCGAUACUGUUCUUCCCAGCGACGCCAAAUUUCUUGGAUCUGAAGUGGGAUUCAGACCAAUUGGCAAAGGCGCAGGCGGUGCAGGUAAAGAAUUCAGUGAAGCUUUGGGUGGAAACUAUCCAAGAGAACAGUUUACAAUCGUGAUGUUAAGUUACGAACGAGAACAGGUCCUGAUUAACUCCUUGGCACGACUUUAUGGAUUGCCAUACUUAAAUAAAGUUCUCGUGGUAUGGAACAGUCCAAAACCACCAAUGGAAGAUUUAAAGUGGCCGGAUAUUGGAGUUCCAAUUCAUGUCAUAAAGGCGUCGAGAAAUAGUUUAAACAAUAGGUUCUUGCCAUUCGAUGCUAUCGAAACAGAAGCUGUUCUUUCAGUGGACGAUGAUGCACAUUUAAGACACGACGAAAUUAUGUUUGGAUUCAGAGUGUGGAGAGAACAUCGGGAUCGUGUAGUUGGCUUUCCCGGUCGCUUCCACGCAUGGGACCAGAAUUAUCAUAAUGCUUGGAACUAUAAUUCUAAUUACUCAUGCGAGUUAUCAAUGGUCUUGACUGGAGCUGCGUUCAUUCAUAAACAUUACACAUAUCUGUACACUCAUUGGCUACCGCAGGCCAUACGAGAUAAGGUUGACGAAUACAUGAAUUGUGAGGACAUUGCUAUGAAUUUCCUCAUAUCUCACAUCACAAGGAAACCACCCGUUAAGGUCACAUCACGUUGGACUUUCAGAUGUCCUGGCUGUCCAGUUUCUCUGUCGGAGGACGAUACCCAUUUCCAAGAGAGACACAAGUGCAUUAAUUUCUUCUCUCAGGUUUUUGGAUAUAUGCCUCUCUUAAAUACUCAGUAUCGAGCUGACUCGAUAUUGUUCAAAACGAGGAUACCGCACGAUAAACAGAAAUGUUUUAAAUUUAUAUAGAGAACUAAUUUUUACGUAGGUAAAUACCUAGUACAUGGUCACUUGAUAGAAUUUACAUGGUUUUGAUACAAUUUUGACUGAAUUGAUACACUAUCUCCUACGGGUUAUGCCAUUACGUGGAGUAAAUAUCGUAGACAUUUUUUGAACGUUCUCCCUUUUUUAAUUAUACUUUUUAUCGUUAUCACAUUGCACAUUUUAAAGAAAAAUUAUACACAAAUUUAUACGUCGUAAGGGAUAUGAAACAAAAUGUAAUGAAAUUUUUUACGUUGUUGUACACAUAAGUUAUACUACACCGAUUUUCACAGUUUAUGAUAACUUAUGAUAAAUUUGUUUGAUCGGUUGAAGGUAUAAAACAUCAAACACCGUAUACGAUAUUAUAAUUCAUAUUACACACACGUUGAUGUAUGUAAUAUGAACGGCUCUAUAAGAGCGAAAUGAAAUGAAUUAUAAUUUAUUUAAAAUAGGACCAAUACGAUAAAAAUGAUUACAGUUACAUACCAGAUGCAUAAUCAAUACAGUUGUAAAUAAUAUUAGCUCAUGUAAAUAUGAUAUCACAAAUUCUGAUGAUUCAAGAUCACAAUGCUGUUCAACGAUUAAUGAAAUACGUCUGAAAUUAAAUAUUAGAAAAAUUGUCCUUGUGCUGAAAUCUUAUUACUGAUUUAUAGCACUGUGUAGAUAAUUUUAUUCUAGUGUCUUAUUUAUAUAGAAUUUUGCUACCGAAUGUCGCGCCAUUAUAUCGUGCCAAAAUUUUGUUAAUUACGAUCCUUAUCUUAAGUUAACAUAACAUUCGGUUACACCACAAGCAUUAAUAUUUAAUUGCGCAAUACUCUUAAAGACUAAUUGUACAUAUACGUAUCGCACAUCGUUUGAUUUUGUAUGAUUUAAUACGUUUUUUUUUAUUUUAAUGUAAUUAAAAUAAUAAAACGCAAUCGUAUAGGUGGAUGUACCUGAAUACCAUUGCAGCGUGUAAGAUAACACUACUUUGUAAAUUUGAUUUUCUACUAAAAAGCUGUACAACCAAUUGUAUGUAGAACCAGAAUCAAAGUCAGGUUCACGUUCAAGGAGACAAAUAUAUAUUAUUUAUGAUUUCACAGUGGAA